AUGUUGGUUUUUGUAAUUUUGACCACAUUGUCUACUCAUUCGGCUCCCGUUCUCCAAGAAAACGACGCCAUCGAAGCCAAAUUCCAUCAACCUGAAGUUACCAGAUUUGCCUUGACCUCUAAUAGAGUUCUCGAAACCCGGUGCGAAUUUUGUGGAGGAUUUACUUACGACCAAUGUUCACGUCUCU